CUUAAGUACAGUUGAUAUAGUUGAAGCGCAAUCCAAAUAUGGUUUUUGGGGAUGGAAUUUGUGGCGUCAACCUAUGGGUUUCAUCGUUUUUCUAAUUUCUUCUUUAGCAGAAUGUGAAAGAUUACCUUUUGAUUUACCAGAAGCGGAAGAAGAAUUAAUAGCGGGUUAUCAAACCGAAUAUUCGGGUAUCAAAUUUGGCUUAUUUUACAUUGCUUCCUAUUUAAACCUAUUAAUUUCUUCCUUGUUUGUAACAGUUCUUUACUUUGGUGGUCCGAAUAUCUCUAUUCCGUACAUAUUUGUUUCUGAAUUUUUUGAAAUAAAUAAAGCAUAUGGAGUUUUUGUAACAACAAUUGGUAUCUUUAUUACACUAGCUAAAACUUAUUUGUUCUUAUUCGUUUCUAUCACAACAAGAUGGACUUUACCUAGGCUAAGAAUAGAUCAAUUAUUAAAUUUUGGAUGGAAGUUUCUUUUACCCAUUUCUCUCGAAAGAAAAAAAACAAAAAUAAUCAGAGAUAUUCACGAUAUGUUCCUUAUGAUAACUGGAUUUAUGAAUUAUGGUCAACAAACAGUCCGAGCUGCAAGGUACAUUGGUCAAAGUUUCACGAUUACCUUAUCUCACGCAAAUCGUUUACCUGUAACUAUUCAAUAUCCUUAUGAAAAAAUAAUCACAUCGGAACGUUUCCGUGGUCGAAUACAUUUCGAAUUUGAUAAAUGCAUUGCUUGUGAAGUAUGUGUUCGUGUAUGUCCCAUAGAUCUACCCGUUGUUGAUUGGAAACUGGAAACUGAUAUUCGAAAGAAACGAUUGCUUAAUUACAAAUAUGAACUUUCGACUUAUGAUCGUCACGAAUUGAAUUAUAAUCAAAUUGCUUUGGGCCGUUUACCAGUGUCAGUAAUUGAUGAUUAUACAAUUCGAACAAUUCAAAUAAAAUUAAGUUAA